AGUUUUUUUACCGAGAGAGGGAGAGAGUGAUAAGAAGAAAAGAGAGCGUUUUUCUGGAGAGAAGAGGGGAAGGAAAGCUUUUUUUUUUUUCUUUUUUUUUUGUAGAGAAAAGGGAAAAGGAGGAUUUGGAUAUAAUUUGGGGAGACUUGGACGAGAAAUCGAAUCCAUGAAGAACUGAUGUCAUCCUCUUAGUAUGGACUCCCACCGGCCUCUCAAAUAUGGAUUAGCUGAUCCAAAAUCAUCUCCUCCCCCAUAUUCUACAUGGACAGUGCACCGCAUGAAAUUUGAUCUUGGGAACUCACCAAACUCACCUCUUUCUACUCAUUUCGAACCUGAUACUUUAUCAAUACCGGGCAACAGCCAGGAGCUACAAUACAGUUCUACAGAGACCAUCUCAGGGCACAGCCCCUCUCGAUACUCAUCUCCACUCAAUCAAUCUCAACAAGUUCAAAUUCGAGAGAGCACUCAAGUUUGUUCCCCAUCACCCUACUCAGUUUCAAGCCAGAGCAUGAGAUAUGCUCUUCAAGAAAUAGAGACAGUUCUUAUGGCUCCUGACACUGAAGAAGGAACAACCAGCUCUAACCCUGAGCCUGAUGAUAAGAAGCAGCCUCAACCUCAGCUGAUAAAGCAGCGGUCUCGAACUUGGAGUCCUGAGAUCCAGCAAAUGAGCCAAGAGAUUAUCCGACCAGAGAAGCGGCAAAGAGAGACAAGGGAACUCACAAGGAGUGGCAAUGAUGUGAAGCAGCUUCUCAUCAAGUGUGCUGAAGCCUUAGCUGAGAACCGAAUAAAUGACUUUGAAACGUUGAAAGAAGAAACACGAACCUUUGUUUCUAUAAAUGGGGAGCCUAUCCAGAGGCUCGGUGCUUAUAUGCUCGAAGGUCUGGUAGCUCGUCGUGAGAACUCAGGCACUAAUAUCUACCGAGCUCUAAGGUGUCAUCAGCCAGAGAGUAACGAACUCCUGUCCUACAUGAAAAUUUUAUAUGACAUCUGCCCUUACUUCAAAUUUGGAUACAUGGCUGCCAAUGGAGCUAUAGCCGAAGCACUGAGGAACGAGGAUAAGAUACACAUCAUAGAUUUCCAGAUUGCACAGGGCACACAAUGGAUAACUCUGAUACAGGCUUUAGCCGCUAGACCUGGUGGACCCCCUCAUGUUAGAAUCACAGGAAUUGACGAUCCAGUAUCAGAGUAUGCUCGAGGAGAUAAUUUACAACCAGUUGGAAAAAUGUUAUCUGACAUGUCCAAGAAAUUCAACAUUCCUCUCGAAUUCACCCCUCUGCCAGUCUAUGGACCUGCUGUUAAAAGAGAGAUGCUCGAUAUAAGGCCAGGAGAAGCUCUCGCUGUUAAUUUCACUCUCCAGCUUCACCAUACUCCAGAUGAGAGUGUCGAUGUGAAUAACCCUAGAGAUGGGCUGCUGAGGAUGGUGAAGGGUUUAUCGCCAAAAGUGACGACUUUAGUCGAGCAGGAAUCAAACACUAAUACAACACCAUUCCUGACGAGGUUUGCUGAGACCCUAGAUUACUAUUCUGCCAUGUUUGAAUCAAUUGAUGAUACAUUGCCAAGGGAUAGUAAGGAGAGGAUCAGUGUGGAGCAGCAUUGCUUAGCGAAGGAUAUCGUGAAUGUAGCAUUGGGGAAAUGGAGAUCGAGGCUAAGUAUGGCAGGGUUUAAGCCUUACCCUUUGAGCUCCUAUGUGAAUUCUGUGAUCAAGACUUUGUUAGGGUAUUACAAAGAUAAGUACACUUUGGUUGAGAAGGAUGGAGCUCUGCUGCUUGGUUGGAAGAACAGGAAUUUGAUCUCUGCAUCAGCUUGGCACUGAGAUGUAAGUUUUAGGGAAUAAUUGUAGAAUACGGAGCGUAGAGAUCUAAACACUGAGCACAACUUAAAACCAUCGUAUUAUAUGUAUCUUUGUAGUGAUGUAUUAAUGUCAUGAUGCAGGGAGGUGUUGUUCAUUUGAUGUUGUAUGUGAUAUCGUGUAAAUUCUGCAUCUAUUUGUAAUCUAUAUAAUCUAUAUAUCGGUUGGAUAAAUGAAGUUUAUUUUA